AUGAGAAAGGCAAUUAGAGGCAGCUCUAUCCUAGCCCUAGCGAUUCUCCUUUUGAUGCUUCAAUAUGAGGCCAUUCAUUCAGCGUCAGUGACCUAUAAGGUUGGAGAUGAUAAUGGUUGGGACCCAUCGAUUAGCCUCGAAGCUUGGACUAGAGGGAAGAAUUUCCAUGCCGGUGAUAUUCUAGAAUUCAUAUAUGAUGAUCAAUUGUUCAAUGUGGUAGUGGUGGAUAAGAAAGGACAUGACACAUGCACAGUUAACGAUGGAGCUACGGAGUUUGAUUCAGGAGAUGAUAAAAUCCCUUUGGCCUUUGGAGCUAAUUAUUUUAUUUGUAGUACUCGAUCUGAUUUGUGUGCUGCCGGAAUGAAGAUGGCAAUCAAUGCCACCGCACCGCCACCAUCAUCAAAAUAA